GUGUUAUGAGCGCACUUGAACACCGCACACACCGCCAGCUAUGAGCUCCAGACCGAGCGCCAUCUGACCCGUGAAACUUGCUCAGCCGUGAGAUUGAGGUGGACAAACAUGACGGAAAGGUUCGUGGUUUUGCCCGUGUCUCAGUGCUGUGACAUCGAGGAGCCGGAGCUGAAUUAUCUCCAUAAUAACCAGGAGCUCUUACCUGUGUUUGGAGGUGUGGGUGAUUUAGAUGAACCUGAGGUUGUUCCCAUCCUCCAGUACAACAGAGAACCUAACAAAUACGGUGAUGGAAACCCCAAGGAAAGCAGUCCUUUCAUCAACUCAGAUAAUGACAAGGGAAGCCUAUACGAUGGAAAAAACAUGGCACUGUUUGAGGAAGAGAUGGAUAGCAACCCAAUGGUGUCAUCGCUUCUCAGCAAACUGGCCAAUUACACCAACCUUACACAGGGGGUUCGGGAACAUGAGGAGGCAGAUGAAGAGGAGAGUGCAAAGAAAAAAACUGUCAAAACGAGACCGCAGAUGGGGACGUUCAUGGGCGUCUACCUGCCCUGCCUUCAGAAUAUCCUGGGGGUCAUCCUGUUUCUGCGAAUGACCUGGAUUGUUGGAACUGCAGGCAUUCUGGAGGCCUUUAUCAUCGUAUCCAUGUGCUGCUGUUGUACAAUGCUCACAGCCAUAUCUAUGAGUGCCAUUGCUACAAACGGAGUAGUUCCAGCUGGUGGAUCCUAUUACAUGAUCUCUAGGUCUCUGGGUCCAGAGUUUGGAGGAGCUGUAGGACUGUGUUUCUAUUUGGGUACCACAUUUGCUGGAGCCAUGUACAUCCUUGGUACUAUUGAGAUUCUUUUGUCCUACAUAGUGCCCAGUGCUGCCAUCUUUAAGGCAGAGGAGAAGGAGUUUGAAGCAGCGGCCAUGCUGAACAACAUGCGAGUGUAUGGCACCUGCUGCCUCGCCGUGAUGGCAUUGGUGGUGUUUGUUGGAGUGAAGUAUGUCAAUAAGCUAGCGCUGGUCUUCCUGGCCUGUGUUAUCCUCUCUAUUUUGGCCAUCUAUGCUGGUGUCAUAAAGACCAUCUUCGAGCCACCAGUCUUUCCGGUCUGCUUGCUGGGAAAUCGCACACUCCAAAACCAAGACUUUGAUAAGUGUUUAAAGACUGAGAUCAUUAAAAAUGCUACUGUGACCACAAAGCUGUGGUCUCUCUUCUGUGACUCCCCUCAUCUCAAUGCGACCUGUGACGAUUAUUUCACAAAAAACAAUGUUACGGAAGUGCCGGGAAUUCCUGGCCUCACCAGUGGUGCCAUCUCAGAGAACAUGUGGUCGAGCUACGGCCAUGCUGGGGUGCUAGUAGAGAAAAAGAUGGAGUCUGUGGCAGUGUCCGAAUUGACUCAUGACACCUCCUUACCCUAUGUACUCAACGACAUUGCCACCUACUUCACUCUACUGGUGGGCAUCUAUUUUCCUUCAGUCACUGGUAUCAUGGCUGGAUCCAACCGCUCUGGAGAUUUGCGGGAUGCACAGAGAUCCAUUCCAAUAGGAACCAUUCUUGCCAUAGCAACUACUACCUUCAUCUACCUCUCUUGUGUAGUCCUCUUCGGUGCCUGCAUUGAAGGAGUGGUUCUUCGAGAUAAGUUCGGAGAUUCAGUGAAGAAGAACUUAGUGAUUGGUACUUUAUCAUGGCCCUCUCCAUGGGUGAUCGUGAUUGGCUCAUUCUUCUCCUGCUGUGGGGCCGGUCUGCAGAGUCUCACCGGCGCCCCUCGGCUGCUGCAGGCCAUCGCACGAGAUGGCAUUGUGCCUUUCUUGGAGGUGUUUGGCAAAGGAAAAGCGAACGGUGAACCUACAUGGGCCCUGCUGCUUACUGCAGGUAUCUGUGAAAUCGGCAUUCUCAUCGCCUCACUGGAUGCUGUGGCUCCCAUCCUGUCCAUGUUCUUCUUGAUGUGUUAUCUGUUUGUGAAUCUGGCCUGUGCUCUUCAGACCCUCCUGCGCACCCCUAACUGGCGGCCUCGCUUUAAGUUUUAUCACUGGAUGCUGUCUUUCCUAGGAAUGAGCCUGUGUCUUUCCCUGAUGUUUAUUUCCUCUUGGUACUAUGCCCUGGUAGCCAUGGUCAUCGCUGGCUGUAUCUACAAAUACAUCGAGUACAGAGGAGCUGAGAAGGAGUGGGGCGAUGGCAUCCGUGGACUGUCGCUCAAUGCGGCUCGUUACGCUCUCAUUCGGCUGGAGGAAGCACCGCCACACACUAAAAACUGGAGGCCUCAGCUGCUGGUGCUGGUGAAACUAGACUCGGAGCUGAAAGUGAAGCACCCUCGUCUACUCUCUCUCACCACGCAGCUGAAGGCAGGUAAAGGGCUCACCAUUGUGGGCUCUGUGCUGGAAGGUACUUACCUCACCAAGGAUACAGAAGCCAAGAGAGCUGAGCAAAACAUUAAAGUAGCCAUGACUGCAGAAAAGACCAAGGGCUUCUGUCACGUGGUGGUGACAUCCAACCUGCGUGAUGGUAUCUCACACCUAAUCCAGUCAGCCGGGCUCGGGGGCAUGAAGCACAACACAGUGCUGAUGGCAUGGCCGGGUUCCUGGAAACAGUCCAACGACCCUCUCUCAUGGAAAAACUUUAUAGAGACUGUGCGAGAGACCACAGCGGCUCAUCAGGCUUUGCUGGUAGCUAAGAACGUGGACAACUUCCCUCAGCAGGAGCGGCUACGAGAAGGCACCAUAGAUGUUUGGUGGGUGGUUCAUGAUGGAGGAAUGCUGAUGCUCCUGCCCUUCCUGCUCCGCCAGCACAAGGUGUGGAGGAAGUGCAAGAUGCGCAUCUUCACCGUAGCUCAGAUGGAUGAUAACAGCAUCCAGAUGAAGAAAGAUCUUCAGAUGUUCUUGUACCACCUUCGGCUUGAUGCCGAGGUUGAGGUUGUUGAAAUGCACGAAAGUGAUAUCUCGGCUUUCACCUAUGAAAAGACCCUGGUUAUGGAGCAGCGAUCCCAGAUGCUGAAGCAGAUGCAUCUCUCCCGGACAGAGAGGGAGAGAGAGAUUCAGAGCCUCACUGACGAAUCUCGUAGCUCCAUUCGGAGGAAGAACCACACUCGGGCUCAGAGCUCGGGCUCAAGUAACCAAGGUGCUGCACUGGAAGACGAAAUGGAGAAUGAGGCGCAGCUCAUUCACGAUAAGAACACAGCAUCCCAUGCUGCUAUUAACGACAAAGCUGAUGCCACUCCUGACCGGGUACACAUGACCUGGACCAAGGAGAAAUUUAUUGGGGAACGCAAUCGCAACCGGGAGCAAAACGCCAGCAUGGCUGUGCGGGAUAUUUUCAAUAUGAAACCAGAGUGGGAGAGUCUCAACCAGUCAAACGUGAGGCGCAUGCACACGGCCGUAAAGCUGAAUGAAGUGGUGCUGAACAAGUCGCAGGAUGCUCAGCUGGUCCUUCUCAAUAUGCCUGGGCCACCCAGAAACCGUCAAGGAGAUGAGAAUUACAUGGAGUUCCUGGAGGUUUUGUUAGAAGGUCUUAACCGGGUCCUGUUGGUGCGUGGUGGUGGGCGAGAGGUUAUAACCAUUUACUCAUAACUGCCUUGCUGUUCCAGCUGUAUUUGAAUAGCAUUAAUGGUGAAGCUGGGAAUGGGAUGGUGGCAUUAUGGAGGACUGGUGUUUCUGGACAGACUGUGCAGUUUUGGCCUUGAAGUAAAAAGGGAGGCAGAUGAUCCUCCCCAGAGGAACCACAGAAGGCCAAGGGACAAACAAGCACACCACAACUAAUGGCACUCAUUUCCUUUCUAUGUUCAUUUUAUUUUGUGAUUCGUCUUUUGCCCCUACCUUUAUUGUCUGUCUCUGUUCAGUGAAGGAUAUAUCAGUAUAUGCUGUGUUCUGAUUGUUAGCAUUUUCCAAAGGCAUUGAUUCCUCUAUUCGAGGUUUACGUAAGUUUGUUAACACAGCCAUGUCUGAGCAUCUUUAAAUUGUAAUUAUUUUCUGUAUGUAUUACAGAGUUUUUAAUGGGACGGGUAGAACUAGAGUUACUCUUGCUCUCGGUGUGCCGCUCAUGACGAGGGCCGUAAUAAACACCACAGCAGCACUACGUGGUGUUAUAACAAAGCCUGGCUAGCUGUUCCGCAGCCAUUCUACCUUACGAUCAUAAGAUUAGGUUAGUUAGAAGCAGCAAUAGUCACACUCAAAAAGGCUCUUUAGAGCGAUGCCAUUGAAGAAUUUCUGUUUCCCUGAAGAACAGACCCUUCAUUUUUUUAAACUAUUUAAUUUAUUGACACUAAAAAUAAUAAUAAUAAUAAUAAUAAUCAUUUUUAACAACUAAGAUGCUUUAAUAUAAUGGUAGCAUUUAUGGUGGGAAUUUCUUCCUAUGGCAUUAUUCUUAAGAACCUUUUGUCACCUUUGUCACACAUUUUUCUUUAAUGUUUAUAGUCAAAUCCUCAUAGUUCAGUCAUUCUACAUUAUCCUUUGUGAUCUGCACCAAGUUUAGAAAUAAGAUAUAAAUUUUCAACUAGUUAGUAUUUAUUUGUUUUGUGUUUAGGACUAGCUGUAGUGUCUUUGCCAAAGUUUUGUUGUUUUUCUAUUGUAUUUUAUUUACAUGGAUACAUGCAAUAAUUUUGGUUUCUUCAUUACAUCUCAUUGCAUAAUAUUAUCUAGCUGCUUAAAGGUUUAUUAUGUUGAUAUUUUGUAUUACUUGAGGUGGUAACUAAGUCUCAUAGAAAAAAAAGUUGCAGGAACAUAGCCAUAAUACUUUGCACAAAAAACCCAGACAAUCUUGAUUUUAGUCGAUUUGAAGUUACCAAAUAUUUUUGGAUCCUGCUGUUGAAUAAGACUCCCGUAAAUGUCAUCUAGUGGAUCAUAAUGUUUUAAGCUGGCAGCAAAGUUACAACUAAAGCCGUAUUCCUGUAUAUACAGUUGUAACUGCCUUGACAUCUGUACGUUAGUUUGACUUUUUUAAUGAGAGGACCAGCAAGUUUUAAAUGCUGGGCCUCAUAAUGUUUUAGUAGUGACAAUUGUACACACUAGAAGAGUAUAGGCAUUUCAGAAUCCAGGCUACAAGUCAUAAUACGUCAUAUUUACCGUAACAUAAAGUUGGAGUGAGCAUAACUAUAGUCCAUGUGCUCAUAGGUUUUGUUUUUAGUUGUUGUUUUCUUCCCCAGCACCAGUUCAGUUUAAAUGUUAAAGCCAGAUUCAUAGGAAAUCCUGUUUUUGUUUAGGAAGAAAAAAUUUUAUGUUUUUAACUUUUAACAUUGUCUUUUGUAUCAAAGUAUGAUUUGUGCCAAAAAUGUACAGGAAGGUAGGUGUGUGUGUGUGUGUGUGUGUGUGUGUUAGGUGUUUUCACAGUCACGCACAGUAGAUGGAGAAAACGUGUAUGUGUAAGACGACAUCCUUUUAAGAAUAUGUUUCUGUAAUUUCAGCUUAAAUGGCUUGAAUUGUUUUCCUGUCAAUAAGGUCAGAAACGUGGCCACGAGAGCAAGUCUAGAUUCCCUAACCAUCUCUGAAGGUUUUUGCAAGUAUCCAGUGCUAUUCAAGCCUGUGUGGUGAAAAAGGGAUACAUCACUGUAUACAUUUGAACAGUCUCUUUUUGUUUGGUUGUUUUUUUAGCUGUGCAGUAUUUUAUAACCUGAACAUCGUAUUUUCUACAGUGCAUAGUGACAGAACUGGCCAUAGAAAGGGAAUCCCAACAGAUGGAUUUUGAUGAAUUGGGACUCUCUUUUUUGUGGAGUUUAACAUCCAUGUUUCUAUCCAUGUACUAGUUUACUUAGUCUUAUUGUGUUGUCUGUUGUCAUAGUCUCUGCACUUCAGUUAUGUUACUCUAAGUGUUACUGUAUGUUUAAAUUUAGUGAAAUUUGGGAAGAGCUCUAAGUGUGUGUGUUUUUGUCUUUUUUUUUUUUUUUUUUUUCUUUUUCUGUCCCCUAAACCAAUAGGAACAUGACAUGCAAUGCUCUUCUGGUUCCUUUGGUAGAACUUUAUUAUGGGACCAGGACAAUAAAUGGGCUCCAGCAAUUCUAAGAAUGGUGUUUAUCAAAAAUUGAACAUUAGCAUCAACGAUUUGGUGUGAAAGUGGGUUUAACUUUUAAAGUGUUUACCGAGGUGAGACGGCUAAAAAAGAAAUGAUGAUGAUGAUGAUGAUGAUGAUGAUGAUGAACUGAUAAGCCAUGGAACUAGUAACUGAUAGGAUUUAUUGAUAUACUGCUACAUUAAGAUCAAUGACACACAGUGUGGAGAGUUUAACAAACCGUGCCUCAUUAGUUUUUUAGAAAAAUUCUAAUUGUUUGUGUUUGCUUUAGCCUGAUUCUAAUUGAGAGAGAAGAGAGGUGUGUGUGUGUGUGUGUGUGUGUGUGUGUGUGGUUGUGUGUGUGCGCGCGUUAGAGAGAAAGAAAGUAUACUGUAAGUGGAAUAUCUAGAUUCAGUGAAAUAUAUAGCAGACUGAUUAAAAAUCCACAGAAAAUCAUCUCAGAUCAUGAAAUCCAAAGUCACCCAUCAUUCUGCUUUAAAAAAGGCAACCCUAGGUCUCACAUCCACUGUGAUGAACAGAUGGACACGGUCGACCAAAACCUGUACUAGCCUUGUGCAUAUUAUAUAAGUGAGGCUCCAAGUGUAGCACAUGUGGAUGCACAGUAGCGGAAAGUAGCCCUUUAAAUUACAUGUGUGCCUCAGAAUAAUUUAAAUUAAACAACUGAAAUGUA